AUGAGAUUUGACGAUAUAUCUCAUGGUCAUGGUCAUGAGACAAAGUUCAUGGACCGUAAUGACGAGAAAUUAUUCCCGGCACCGCCGUUCGAUGGGGAUAUGGUAGGGGAAAUGAGUGUGGCCGAACAGAAUGUGUAUGAUCAUGGUAUCAAGCAGGCCAAUCGAUUGGGUUGGAAACGGUUGACAAUCGUGUUGAUCGUCGAAGCUAUCGCGCUUGGUAGUCUGAGUAUACCCUCAACCUUUGCCAAACUAGGCAUGGUUGCGGGCGUCAUUUCUUCUGUAGGCAUUGGCUUGAUAGCUAUCUACACUAGUUAUAUCGUCGGUCAGGUCAAAGUCAUGUUCCCUGAAGUCGCAAACUAUGCCGAUGCCGGUCGUCUGAUGUGGGGUCGCUUUGGUUAUGAGCUUAUCAACGCGAUGCUCGCGCUUCAGUUGAUCUUCCUGACUGGAUCUCAUUGUCUGACCGGAACGAUCGCGUGGAUGAACAUUACCAAAAGCGACAUCUGCUCUGUGAUAUUCUCUGUGGUGUCAUCAAUUAUCCUCUUCUUUCUCGCCAUCCCUCCCUUUUUUUCCGAACAGGCCAUCCUAGGUUUUAUCGAUUUUGCAUCGAUUAUUAUUGCCAUUGGAAUCACCAUCAUUGGUACAGGAGUACAAGCUCAUAACUCAACUGGUGGGCUCUCCGCUGUCGACUGGUCCGCAUGGCCGCAGCCGGACAUCACCUUCACUGAUGCCUUCAUUGCUAUGUCAAACAUCGUCUUCGCUUACAGUUUUGCCAUGGCCCAAUUCACCUUUAUGGAUGAAAUGCACACGCCGAGGGAUUUUCCUAAGUCAGUUUGGGUCUUAGGUUUGACUGAGAUUUUUAUCUAUACCAUCACUGGCGCUUUGAUCUAUGCAUUUGUCGGCCAAGAUGUCCAGAGUCCUGCCUUGACAUCGGCCGGUGAUCUCCUUGGACGUAUCUCCUAUGGAGUUGCGCUGCCAGUUAUAUUCAUUAGCGGAUCAAUCAAUACUGUAGUAUUUGGUCGAUUAGUCCAUGGUCGCAUUUUUGCCAACUCCAACAUCCGCUUUAUCAACACCAAGAUGGGCUGGAUUACUUGGAUUUCUGUCGUUCUCGCCGCGACAAUCAUCGCUUUUGUUAUCGCCGAGGUCAUUCCCUUUUUCGAUGAUUUGCUGUCCAUCUCAUCGGCUCUUUUCAUCUCGGGCUUCACCUUCUACUUUCCGGCGUGUAUGUGGUUUCUCCUCCUCCGCGAAGGAAAGUGGACAGACCGCAAGAAUAUCAUCCUGGCCAUUGUCAAUGGCUUUAUCUUCCUCAUCGGCAUGUUGAUUCUGGGCGCUGGUACCUAUGCCAGCGUCGAUGACAUUGUCCUUAAAUACCAAAAGGGCACUGUACGUGGUGUUUUUACUUGUGCCGCCCCUAAGUAG